GACAUCGGGCCCUCACAGAUUGGAGUUUGGAAAGUCACGAUAUAGCCACUAUACGCACUCGUGCAGUUGCGCCGUGCUCGGCGUCCCAUCUCUUGUACAUAUAUGUAGUGUACAAUCUGCUCGCUCAGCGUCGUCUUCGCCUGCCUCGUCGCUGAAACACGAUAUUUCCAGCCGUAUGUGCACUCACGGGCAUGAGCUUUCACAAUGGCAAUGAUCCCACGCCACCACAAUGCCCUGCGCAGCGCCCAGAUCUUGCUCGGACUACGCUCACAGUCCCUUAAUUCAUCCAUCUCUCACGGCCAGCAACGAUGGUAUUCGAAUAUUCAGGCUGGCCGAGUCCACAACAAUCAGCAAAGAAAACAUAAUGCCUUGUCACGAGCACCUCUACACGGACGCCAUGCACGCCACAUGGCGACUCUUCUCGGUGCCGACCUGUCCCAGAGAGACACCGUGAACGUAAAGAUCGACGGGACUUUACAUAAGUUCUCUCCAGUCUUGCUCCGAGAUCUAUGCUCAUGUAGCUCAUGUGUGGAUCCUUCGACUAAGCAAAAAGAAUUUUCUACGGUUGAUAUUCCUCUUGGGAUCUCGCCAGCCGAGGUGGACAUCAACUCCAAGACGGUGACAAUUCAAUGGAACCACGACGUGCCAGGAUUCGAGAACAAGCAUCGAACGGAAUUGCCAAUCGACCUUCUCAAAAGCCUGGUCUCAUCCGGAAGCUACAAGGGUAAACGUGUGACGACUCCGAGGACGUACUGGGAAGCCUCCGAGUUCGAAGAGCUCAAUGAUUUUGAAUAUGAGGCUUACAUGAACGAUGAGACGGUGCUACUUAAGGCAUUGCGCCAACUUCAUACCCACGGAUUGAUCUUCGUUUCCGGAUUGCCCGAAAGCACAGACUCGGUGAUCAAGACAGGAGAACGCAUAGGCCCUUUGAAGACGACCUUUUAUGGCCACACAUGGGAAGUCCGAUCGGUGCCAAAUGCUAUCAAUGUUGCGUACACUUCUUCGAACCUGGGCUUCCACAUGGACCUCAUGUACAUGGUACAGCCACCCCAUCUUCAGCUGCUCCAUUGCAUGCGGUCUUCAUCCGCGGGAGGCGCCAGUCUAUUCACCGAUAGUUUCCGGGCAGUGGACCAAUUGAGCAGAGAUGAUCCCGGGGCUUUCGAUGUUCUCAGCGAUCUGGCCGUGGAUUUUCAUUACGACCACCCAGGCUCGCAAUACUACCAUCGAUCCAGGCGGGUCAUCGAACAGGAGCCCUUGAAGCUCGGCCGAACAUGGGUUCGCAAUUACCGGGCUGCGCAGCGUUGGCUAGAGCAUCAGCCCGAGCAGCAUCAGAAACUAAGCCCGAUGGAUUUUGUAGAUGCAGUCUCUUGGGCACCUCCGUUUCAGGCUCCUUUCUCUCUCCGACAUGAGCCCGAAUUUCCUCCGGAGAGCCUGGAUGGUGGUAUCACUACCGCGCAAUGCCUAAACUCGCACACGUCGCGGUGGCACGAGGCUGGCCAAAAAUUCAACGAGCUCAUUCACAAAAAAGAGGCUAUCUAUGAGCGUAUGAUGAAACCUGGCCAAUGCGUCAUCUUCGACAACCGUCGGGUGCUCCAUGCCCGGACAGCAUUCGAUGUCGAUGACGCCGGGAAGGAGCGAUGGUUGAGAGGAGCGUAUAUCGACAAAGACCCUUUCAUCAGUAGGCUGACGGUGCUUGAAGACAGCGCGAAGGCGUGAAAAAGUUCGAGGAAUACAUUCCUGGCGGGAAAAAUGGAGGUGUAUGGGUAGAAAAGUACAGUACGAAUACAUGCCAAAUAGCCACGGAGGGCUGAAGAACAAUUGGUCUUUGAAUUGUGAGAGAGCAAAUCCAAGUGCAGGGCUGCCACUGACACCGCGUCGCUGAUGGCGCAACCCCGUUCUGGCGUCUAUCUGGAGGAUAUAAAAACUUGCUCGCCGACUGCACUGUAGCAAUAGAGAUGUGAUGUGCCAUAAUCUACCGUGCACAAAAUGUAUUUAGCGAUCACAGAGUAGGGUAAGUGUAACUCAUCAUGUCCAGCCCUUCUCAGUGGUGAGCUUGGC